GAAAAGGACAAGCCUUUGUUCUAUGUUUUACGGUAAUCGUUAUCGACUGAGCGACGUGAUGUGAGCAUCAUGGCGACUAGAGUGUUGGGGUCAGUCCUGCGUAAAAACGCAGGAUUUCUCGGCGUUAAUAGAUUAUUAUCGCCAAAUAGUGUGCCCGCAAUUGUUGACGUACAGCGUCGCGGCGUUAAGCAAUGGCAACCGGACAUACAUUAUCUCGAGCAAUUCAACCAGCCAGUGUUGUACUCACCAGAGAAGAUCAACUGGACACCACCAACCAAGGAGCAUCUAAUCGUUAAUCCGGUUUAUGCAGACCAAACCAUACAGAACAUCAAGCUCAACUUUGGGCCGCAGCAUCCAGCUGCUCACGGUGUACUCAGAUUGAUCUUGGAGUUGGAUGGUGAAAUAGUGGUCAGCGCUGAUCCUCAUAUAGGUCUUUUGCACCGUGGUACAGAAAAGCUGAUCGAAUACAAAACAUAUAUGCAGGCUUUACCCUAUUUUGAUCGUCUGGACUAUGUUUCUAUGAUGUGCAAUGAGCAAUGUUUCUCCCUGGCUAUAGAAAAGUUACUCAAUAUUGAUGUGCCGCUACGUGGCAAGUAUAUUCGAGUUCUCUUUGCGGAAAUUACAAGGAUUCUGAAUCACAUCAUGGGUAUCGGCACGCACGCUUUGGACGUUGGCGCCAUGACGCCCUUCUUCUGGCUCUUCGAGGAGCGUGAGAAGCUAAUGGAAUUUUACGAGCGUGUUAGUGGUGCUCGCAUGCACGCGGCCUACGUAAGACCAGGUGGUGUCUCCUUGGACUUACCACUAGGUCUGAUGGACGACAUUUACGACUGGGCUUGCAAAUAUACCGAGCGACUGGAUGAAGUGGAGGAUUUGCUGACGGACAAUAGAAUCUGGCGACAACGUACGAUUGACAUCGGCGUCGUAUCUGCGGAGGACGCGUUAAAUAUGGGAUUCAGCGGAGUAAUGUUACGGGGCUCUGGAAUAAAGUGGGACCUAAGAAAAGUCGCGCCUUACGACGCUUACGAUCUGGUUGACUUUGACAUACCUAUCGGCAUAAACGGCGAUUGCUAUGACAGAUAUAUCUGCCGUGUUGAGGAAAUGCGUCAGUCUCUGCGUAUCAUUCAUCAAUGCUUGAAUCAGAUGCCCGAGGGUGAGGUGCGAUGCGACGACGCCAAGAUAGUGCCACCGCGGCGUGAAGAGAUGAAGACUAGCAUGGAGGCGCUCAUCCAUCACUUCAAGCUGUACACACAAGGUUUCCAGGUGCCGCCGGGCGCCACGUACACCGCCAUUGAGGCGCCGAAGGGCGAGUUCGGCGUAUACCUCGUGAGCGACGGCAGCAGCAAACCGUACAGGUGCAAGAUCAAGGCGCCUGGCUUUGCGCAUCUCGCAAGUCUUCAACACAUAGGACCCAAACACUUCCUCGCCGACAUAGUCGCCAUCAUCGGCACCUUGGAUGUCGUGUUCGGCGAGAUUGAUCGAUAGAUAGACGAGAUUUAUUCAUAAAGAAUUAAUUUUGAAUUUUUGUAUAGUACGCGUAAACGUAUUUCUAUGAAGAUAAAUGAUGACUAGGGUCCAUUCAGAAUCCUAAAUCCAUAGUCCAUAGACAAAUGCGUAGUCGCGUGUUAAAAAGAAUUAUGUAAUACAUUGCACGUUUAUUGUAAAUAAAAUGCGCGUGUGAACCCUACGACGCGCAUACGCAGGUGUUGUACUUUCGCCGCAAUAAAAGAAAAUGUGGUGGAAACUAC